AUGAACGUUUUAAGGGACGAUUUUGAGAAGAGUGGUGAGAGUGAAUGGGUUCCAAAAGGAGCUCCUAGAGGGGACGUUCUUAUAACGAGUAUAACGGGAGAUGCUGGUUUGGCAGGGGAUUCCGCUUCCAAUGAAGCCACUGUUUCAGCAGGACAGGAGGGCAGGCGAAGAGGGAGGAGAGGAGGGGCAGGAAGAGGAGAAGGAGGAGGAGUAGGGGGAGUAGGGGGAGCAGGAGGAACUGACUUUUCAACAUCCACGUCAUCUUCAACGUUCCUGACGUCACCACCCUCUCUGUCCUCGUCAUCGGCCACGUCAGCCGCAGCAGAGUUUUCCGCCAUGUCAGCAACGCUGCCAAUGACGACAGCAGCAGCAGCAGCAGCAGCAGCAGCAAGUGCGAGAGCCAAGCCUACUCGCCGAUUAAGAAGAGGCGGUGCCGUGCCUGCUGCUGCCAUACCUGUUGGAAGGGGGCAGGAAGGGGGCGUAGUAGCCAGAACGCUGGACCAAUCGGAGGCGAGAGAAUCUAGCCAAUCAGAGGGGAGAGGGGGCAGCCAAUCAGAGGGCAGGGGGAGCAGCCAAUCAGAGGGGAGAGGGAGCAGCCAAUCAGAAACGAGCGGGGCAAGUGAAAGGGAGGGAGCAGCCUGGGGCGGCUUAUCUGCUGGACGGGAGAGAAACCGUUUUCCACAGAGCAUUCAGCAGCCACUGUAUCAGCGCUCGCCACGUCAGCACUCGCCUUAUCUGCAUUCGCCAUGUCACCAUCAAGAGAAAGCUCCGUCGGGUCUUUCAGGAUUGAGUAUGGAGGAACCGGAAAGCCAGAGCAAGCAGUUGUGGCAAGAGGAAGGGGUGUUCUCUUCAGGGACAUCGGACCACACAUCUGGCCGCCUAUCAGACCGCCUAUCGGACCGCCUAUCAGACCGCCUAUCGGACCGCCUAUCGGAUCGCCUAUCCGACCGCCUAUCGGAUCGCCUAUCGGACCGCCUAUCGGAUCGCCUAUCGGACCGCCUAUUGGACCGCCUAUCAGACCGCUUAUCAAACCUUCCACUAUCAGGCUCGUCUAGAUCGGAAUAUGAGGAGCAGGAGAAGCAGGAGAAGUGGGAGGAACGGGGGGAGCGGGAGAAACGGGAGGAACGGAAGGCGCAGGAGGAGAGGGAUGAGCGGGAGAAGCAGGUGGAAAGGUUUCGACACAUGCUGAUUGCUCUGGGUAUAGGGAGGAGAGAUGGGGGGUUGGGAGGUCAGGCACUCGGGCAGUGGCAGGGGCAGGGGCAGGGGCAAGGGGAAAGGCAGGGGAAGGAGGGAGGGCAGGAGAACAGGCAGGGACAGGGGCAGGUGCUGGGGCGUGAGAAAGAGCAGGAGAAAGGGAAGGUACAACAACCUAUCGCCUGGGGUGAUGCCAUGGGGAGUCGUGCUGCUGCUGCUGCUGCUGCUUCGGCUGCUGCCACUUCAGCUGCUGCUGCUGCUUCAUCUGUGGCUGCUUCUAGGGGCAUGCCACCCACCGCUCCACCACAGCAGCAGCAGCAGUGGCGGCAGUGGCGGGAUUUUGAGUCCCCGCCUUCAUCAGACUAUGACACCUCCUCCUCCGAUGCCUCCCUCUUCCUGCAUUCCCGCUCCCUCGCACGCUCCCACGCACGCUCCCUCACCCGCGCCCAAGCCGCGUGCACACCUGCUGCCACCCGUGCACCUGCCACCCAUGCACCUGCUACCCAUGCACCUGCCACGAGUGCCAGUGCUGCUGUUUCUAUGGAUGCUGUUAUGAGCACACCUGCCAGUGCUGCUGCUGGUGCUUCAUCCGUGCUACAACCACACUCUGAGACGUCUCAGAAGAACUCGUGUGCAGCAGCUGCAGUUUCAGCCGUGCUACAGCUUGGUUCCCAACCGUCCCAAGUCUCGUCUACCACAGCUGCUGCUACAGAAAAAAGUGGAGGGGAGGGUGGGGAGAAGGGUGGAGGAGAGAGUGCAGGGAGGGGCAGAGGUAAGGGUGCCGAGAAGGGGGCGGGGGCGUCUAUUGCUGCUGGUGGUGGUGGUGGUGCUGCUGCUGCUGCUGUUUCUGGUCCCUUAGCUGCUGUUGCUGGUGCCUCUGCUGCUGCUGCUGGUGCUGCCCCUUCUGCUGCUGCUCCUGCCCCUUCUGCUGAUGCUGCUGCUUCUGUUGCUUCUGCUACCUCUGCCUCUGCUGCUGCUGCUGGUGCUGCCCCUUCUGCUGAUGCUGCUGCUUCUGUUGCUUCUGCUACCUCUGCCUCUGCUGCUGCUGUCACACUCCCUCCCACACUCACACUCAAGGUCGUUCUAUUCCCGCACGCCUUGCACAACCCGCUCUACCUCCAACCGUUUCUUUGA